AUGGAGGGCGAGGUACCAACCGAACGCAAAUCACGCAAAUCCGUUGCCUUCACCGACGAACAAGUUGUUGUCGACGCUGACGGUUCAGUGACCAUGGUUAACGCUACCGAAGAACCCAAGGAUUCGGCUCAGUCCCAUACGCCUCGUACGCCGCCGCUUUCUGCCGCCCUUGAGUCCUUUACUGAUUCGCAAACGACAGCCGCUGAGGACCUUCCCCCAGCUGAGGAUGGUGGUCUCGACCUUUCCCUGCUCAAGAAGAAGAAGAAGAAGUCAAAGAAGGUCGACGAUGCCGAUGCCGACGCCGACGCUGCCCCCGCUGACGAUGCUACCCCCGCCGAGGAUGGAGGCCUUGACCUGACUCUGAAGAAGAAGAAGAAGAAGAAGGCCCCCAAGGGCGACGAUGAUUUCACCAAGCAGCUCGAGAAACUUGAGCUCAAGGAGGGCGAGGAAGUUGAGGAGGUUCCCCAGGAGCAGGAGGGUGAUAUGAACGAGGGAACCGGCAUUUGGGCUCACGAUGAGACCAAGACCAUCGGCUACAGCAUGCUCCUUUCCCGCUUCUUCCACCAACUCACCGAGAGAAACCCCGACCACACUUCCCCGGGAACCAAGAGCUACAAGAUCCCUCCUCCUCAGUGCAUGCGAGAAGGCAACCGAAAAACCGUCUUUGCCAACAUCGCCGACAUCUCUAAGCGUAUGAAGAGAACAGAGGAGCAUCUUACUGCCUAUCUUUUUGCCGAGUUGGGUACCAGCGGUUCCGUUGACGGAAGCCGAAGGUUAGUCAUCAAGGGUCGUUUCCAGCAGAAGCAGAUCGAGAACGUUGUCCGAAAAUACAUCAUCGAGUAUGUCACCUGCAAGACCUGCAAAUCUCCCGACACCGAACUCAACAAGGGUGAGAACCGUCUUUACUUCAUCACCUGCAACAACUGCGGCUCCCGACGAAGUGUUACCGCUAUCAAGACUGGUUUCUCCGCUCAGGUCGGCAAGCGAAGAAAGAUGCAGGGCUAA